AUGCGUCGCCUAAUCCACGGUUUAUUCUCUGUACUAAUUUGCGUGUCCGUAAUCCGAGCCGACGCUCCGGAAUGUGAGGAAAAGACGCUUGGCACAAAAUAUAUCGAGGACUACGUCCAAUUCCAAUGCAACCAGACGAGUGAUAUGAUCGGCUAUGUGCCAAUUGGGUGCGCACCAAACAACUCGGCGGCCGGGCCGGUGAUCCCGCUGAACGGCGAAUACCUGUCGCCGCACUUUGUAUUCAAGUGCCUCUCCGAGAAGGUCGACGGGUACACCGAAGUUGAAUACGCCAUUACGCAUUGCCUUGACGAGCACGGUGGCCGCAUCGAUAUUGGUGAAACCUACUCGGACCCCGCUAACACAGAAGGCCAAGAUACUGUAAUCGAAUGCACCAAACUCGAAAACGGAGCUGUCCGGAAAACCGUCCUGAAAUCGACCUACUGCGAGGACAGCAAGGGCAUGCAAAAGGCUGAUGGUGCCGUUUGGGCCCAGGAUCCGCCGAAGGAGGCGAAUAAGACGCUGCAAAGCGGCGUGCAAGUGCAAUGUCAGAACCAGGGAAAAUACUUGAAGGGCGUCCAAAUUGCCUGCAUCGCCUAUAAUCGACAAGUGAUUCCGGUGGGGCAGAAGAAGAAGGUAGAUGAUCAAUGGAUGGAAUGCGUGAAGAGGGGAAAAUCUGAAAAGGGAUAUCGAGCUGUGCUGGAGGCUGUUGGAACCCCACCCUGUUUCAUCUUUGGCAAAAACUUCACCGACGGCGAACACUUUUCCGACGUCCCCGCCAAGGUCUUCUACGUGUGCAAGGAAGGAGAGGCGACGAUUGACUAUUGCAAAGACCCCAAGGGCCAGAAGCUGGAGUUGUACACGCUCAUUUACGUCGACGAUAAGCCGCAGUUCUGCUCCGGCUCAGCCGGUCUUGUUGAUUUCCAGGAUAAGAAGGGUUGCACUAUGGCCAAUGGGACCCUUGUGCACUUUGGCGUCGAGUUCGUCGAGGACGGGGUCAAGCAGUUGUGCAACUUUACGCUUAAUGGAGCGAAAGCAACAGCUGAGGGGAAGCCGAUAGCAUGCCUUUACGAUGGGAAAGAGAUCGAGGUGGGCGGCCAGGUGAUGGUCGGCCGGGAGGGCAAGAAGUGCGUCAUCAAGGACAAGAAAUGCCAACUGAUCGACAUGACCAAGGAUGAGGUGGAGAAGUACAUGGCGGGGAGGGGCAAGGAGACUUCUUUUGUGGCCCAGCGCUCGGGGCGUGUCCGUGGUCCCCGGAUGAAGCCGAAGGUGUUGAAGCCGGUGAAGAAAGAUGGUGGUGUUGCAGGAUUUUCUGAUGUUGGGGAUAAAGAUCCUGAAGACCCAACGACGACCACCGCGAAGCCGACAACAACUACGACCACGACGACAACGACUACGACGACAACGACAAAGGCGACUACCACGACCCCCACAACGACGACUUCGACUACGACCACAACAACAGCUGCCCCGACGACUACCAAGGCACCGGCUGCACUCCCAGCGAUGGAUACAGCCCGCGACGAUCCGGUAGAUCACGUCGAGGCCAGUAAACCAGAGAACAACUCCACUAACCCACUACCACUCACUCGCAGCCUCCUAACCGAUAGUGACAAACAUAAGCGUAUUGAGACCUUGAGCUCGAAGGAAAUUCAAGAGCAGCUGACUGCUUGGGAGGGCCCCGGGGGUCAAGCCGGGAUCGGAUCGGCCGAGCAGAGAAUGGCAAAAGAGAAAGGAGUGGAUGGAGCUCCGAAUGCUGGAGUUGGAAAAGUAGAAGGCCCAUCGGGAAUUGCGGGUAUCGGGGCGGAUGCUGGGAAAGCUGAUGAGGCCGCUGGGGAUCUGAAGAGCGCGGAAAACAAGCAUUUGAAGGAAGCUAAACCUCAGGGUCUAGCUGGUAUCGGCGCGGAUUCUGACAUUAAGGCACUAAAUUCCCCACCAGAACUGCGGCCAGUGUCUUCUAACUUUGUGCCUGAGGCUGCGAAGGGUGAAGCGCAAAUCGGGGAGGAUUCAAAGGCCGCGCCAAAGCCGGAAGGUGCGGCAAGGAUUGGAAGGGACGGCAUUGAGACUAAGCCGGCGACUGGGGAAGCCAAGACCGGGAAAUCGGACGACAAGCUUCCGGGAGCAGGCGGAUUUGCCGGAAUCGGGGCUGAUGAAGAUCAAAAGAAGGACGCAGGGCGAAGUGCCCAUCAGGUUCUGCAAACGCAGACGUUCGAAAAGCCGGCCGGGAAGCAAAAGCCUGGCCAAGAUGGAGAGAAGCUUCCGGGAGCCGGUGGACUCGCCGGAAUUGGGACGGAGGCAGAUAAACAUCAUAAAAAUGUAGAUUCAGUUGUGAAUUCCGCUGAAAAGGGCCAAGCUGUCGUUCAGCAGCACCAAACCGAUGAUCAUCAAGCUCAGAAAUCUGGCCCCGACGGCGAAAAGCCACCUGGCCCUAAUGGAGUUGCUGGAAUCGGGGCGGGCAGCGCGCAACAAAAGGAGAUCGAAGCCACGGUGAAAUCCGUCGAGCCGGUGGGUCAACAAGUUCAGCAAGUUCAACAGAUCGAAAAGGCUGCCGGGGAAGCAAAGGACGGAGAGAAGCUUCCGCUAGCCAGUGGAGUAGCCGGAAUCGAAGCAGACCGGAACGAGACCAAAGAGCCAAAACCAGAACAGAAGUCAGAAGCCAGCCAACGACCCCUUGCUGAGCAGGAUCCAGGUGUACCGGAGAAAAGCAUUCCAGAAAACCGCGCUCCCGGAGAGAUUAAGCCCGAUCAGGCGCAGGAUAAGCUUUCCGGACUUGGAGGAGAUGCUGGCAUCGGAACCGAUAAGGAGCAGAAGGCUGUACCUCAUCCUAAGCAUAAGCCUGCGGAAAUUCCGAUUGUCACAGUUAAGCAACAACGACCACCUGGUGCUCAGGGCACUGGACUUCCGAAACAGCAAGAAGCUGAGCAGACAGUCGGUGAUACCAAGCCUGGCCAGUUUGAAGAUAAACCUGCUAUGCCCAAAGUACUUGCCGGAGUUGGGGCUGGUGAAAACCAAAAGAAUGAGCAGAACGACAAGGUGCCUGAGGCGCUUUCUAGCCUGAACGUUGAGCAGAAGGACACCGGACACGCCGUUCCGGACGCUAAUCCUGAAAGAUCUCAAGAUAAGCUUCCUGGGCCGAAUGGACUGGCCGGAAUUAGGGCUGACAACGAGCAUCCCGAUUCGAAGCCAGAUCAAGAAGGCAAACCUGAACAAAGCCCAGAUAGAUCGCCGGUAGCUCAAGGCAUUUCUGGAAUCGAAUCGUCGGAUGAACGACAGCCAGGCGAGCCACAGCCUGGAAAUCAAGUACCAGUAGCUUCACCCACCCCAAAAGCCCUUGUCGACCCCGCGCAGCCCAAUCAGCCAGGAAAUGACAGUCCAAUCGAAUCGAAAUCAGAUAAGGGCCCGGGCAAUUUCCUGAAUCCCGAUGUAAUCCCGCCGAACCCGGAUCACCUUAAGCCCAAGCCUGCUGGUGGCGAAGCGGGAAUUGUCAAAGAACAGAAGGAGCUAAAGCUUCCGAUUGACAAAGAAGAAGCACAACAAAAGCCAAAUGAAGUUGCUCAGAAAUCGGCAAGUCCUCAAGCAGAGGUUGUAGAACAACAAAACCGCCCGAGCAAUACUGAAGGUGGGGUGGAUGGCGUUAUCAAGCCAGAUGAAGGCUGGGAAUCCAGUGAGGAGGAAGAGUUCCAGCCGAGUUCUGCAGAACACACAGAACACGUUCAUCGAGAUCGACCGAAUAUAGAUACCCUAAGUGAGAAGGCCGUUAAUUCCGGGUCUAAAGUUCCACCACCUGGAGAUCUAGCUCAACCCCUCAUCCAGAUCGCUUCGGCUUCCGGAAAACACGCUCCAGUCGUCCAAAAUUUCGGAGAUGUUGUCCGGCCGAUCGUUGGAUGGGAUCCCACUUCUGAGGAAGAGCUUGAUGAAAUUCAGGCUUCUCUUGCGGCAAAGCAAGCUAAGGAAAAGGCUGAUUCCCCAAAGAUUGCCACGGGAUCUGCAGAACCUGUCAACGUCGCGCAAGCCAACAACCAACCUGCUUCCAAUAAUCUCGAUGUGCCUGCCCAGCGACCUGCAAGUUUGCACUCAAUCACCGAUGAAGCUCUGGGUCGAGCUCCUGCUGAAAUCGUUGUUGAACAAAAGGCACCAGAUGCUUCAGAGCCAAGGAAGCUUGUUGGGGACCCACCAAUUCCGGUUGACAGGGAUCCGAAGGAGAAGCCUGCAGCUGAAGCCCCACAAAACCCAGAACUCAAGGCACGGGCCGGUUGGGACUCAAAAGAAGUAGAGGAUCCUGAGUGGCAGUCGGCAGAAGAUGAGCAGCAUCCUGUGAUUCGGCCUACACUUGAGGAGCAGGCACCAAGCCAGGUCGACUCGAAGACAUCCGAAGAAGUCCUCGAAGCCAAGCUUCCGGUAUCUGAAAGCCAGAAGGACCAAAGCCGAAACCAAGGACUUGUCUCUGAUCAACUUGUUGUUGUCGACGACCAAGCCGAGCAUGACGUUCUGCAACCUGCUACGGGGUGGGACUCGAAUGCGGAGCUUGAGGAUCAGGUAGUCCGGAGCGGCGAUGGAAAACCGGCUGCCGAACAUCAACCAGGAAGUGGUUUCGACCAGCCAAAAGAACAAGUGUUGGCCACUGGAGCAGUUCAAGCUCCGGGGAGGUCGAAAAGGCACAUCCGGAAAAUCAGAACGCUGAUGUGUCUUCGGAUAAGGUGUUGGGGCCUGAACAACGACCCGCAGUUGUACUUCCAGUUGUUAGCGAGUCCGCCCAGCAAGAACAAGCCAGAGCUUCUGAGCAAAAAGCAGAACCAGCCCUCGAACCUGCCACCUGUCGAGUCUGGAGGUCCAGGACCAGCUCAGGAAGUUCGACCCGUUGUCCAAACCCAAGAAUCCCAGGACGCCGAACUCCGACCUCCAACUUCAGAUUUAGCCUUACCGCAGGAGCGCCAUCAAGCCCACCCUCAACCGCUGCGCGAGAAAAUGAGCGUUUCCAUCAAGAGCAACGAGGAGAAGGGACUGGCUUCAGAAUCGGACGAUCGAACCUCCUGGGAGAGCGGCGAGGGACACUCAAGCUCCGCAAGUUCUGAGGAAAUCUCGGAUGAUGCUGUUGGUCCGGUGUUUCCGGUAAAGCCGAUCAAGCCAGUGGCGUCAGAAGGCAUCACAGAAAAACAGGAGACUCAUGGUGAAGUUGCGCACCAAACCGGAAUCCAGGAGAAGAAACCACAGGAGCUCUCGAGAUUAAGCAGGAAAAUCAAGCCUUGGCUCAUAGAACCCGCGAAGGCUGGAUUGCAAAAGCAAGCUUCAUCAGCUUCUGAAGAUUCCGUGGAAGAGGCCAUUCCUUCCGAAGCCCAAGACUCAAGUCGAGCAGCUUUUGGAGAAGACCCAGAAGGCGGUGGACAGUCUCAGGGUCCAGACACAAGCAGCUAUGAUCGGAAAACCGGCAGCUGUUCUGAAGCGGAAGGA